GCAAGUGUCAAAGCUCACAGAAAUCAGCCAGCAAGGGAAAUGAAGCUCCCCAUUUUCAUCGCAGACGCUUUCACAGCAGAAGCUUUUCGUGGGAACCCGGCUGCUGUUUGCCUUCUAGAAAACCAACUGGAUGAAGACAUGCAUCAAAAAAUCGCAAGGGAAAUGAACUUGUCUGAAACGGCUUUCAUCCGAAAAUUAAACCCAACAGAAGACUUUACACGAAGUGCCCACUUCGGACUGAGGUGGUUCACGCCGGCCAGUGAGGUCCCGCUCUGCGGCCACGCCACCCUGGCUUCUGCGGCUGUGCUGUUUUACAAACUAAAAAACAUCAACAGCACUCUGACCUUUGACACUCUGAGCGGGGUACUCAAGGCCAGGAAAGUGGAGGAUGGCAUCGUCCUGGACUUGCCUCUUUAUCCAGCCAACCCUCAGGACUUCCAUGAAGUAAAGGACUUGAUAAAGACAGCCCUCGGGGACACAGUCGUCCAGGACGUCCGCUAUUCUCCAGACACCCGCAAACUCCUCGUCCGCCUCAGUGACAACUAUGACAGGUCCUUCCUGGAGAACCUGAAGGUGAAUGCGCAGAGUCUGCUGCAAGUUGAAAACACGGGGAAGGUGAGGGGACUCAUCGUCACCCUGAAGGGAAAGGCCGGCAGCCAGCCCCAAGCCGUGGACUUCUACUCUAGAUACUUCGCACCGUGGGUGGGGGUGGCUGAAGACCCCGUGACAGGCUCUGCACAUACUGUUCUCAGCAGCUACUGGUCCCAGCAGCUGGGGAAGAAAGAGAUGCGUGCCUUUCAGUGCUCCCUCCGGGGAGGAGAGCUGGCGAUCUCCCUGCGCCCCGAUGGACGAGUCGACAUUCGGGGUGGCGCUGCAGUAGUCUUAGAGGGCACCCUGUCGGCCUAGACGUGCACAGCUG